GAGAGAGAAACCCCCUCCAUAUAAAACUAACCUGGAAAAUCCAAUCACUUUAGAAGCACUAAGUGGUGAUAUAAACAGGCUAUGGAAUGGUGAGUGCCCAGUGAUGUAUAAGGUCCCUUAGGACAAAACCCUGCAGUGCUUCUCCAUGGCAGUUCCUAGAGUGGGCUCUGCCUCCUGGCAAGAUGCCUCAUAUCGCACAAUCAACUGGGCAUAUAACCUCAGACAACGGCCUUUAACUGCUGCCCCUUUAACAACAAAUGGUCACAGUCCUAAGCAUGAAGAGGACCAAUCAACAAAAAGAGAAUAUUUUCAAACACCUCCCCCUUUCCACCGCGAUGUUAUCGCUGAGACCAGCAAUAUUCUUGCACGUGGAUAUAUGAGAGACACAAAACACUUAAUGAUGCAUCUUAGGCAAGUCUUGGGUGAGAUUGGUCGAAAUAUCCAGAGACUGCAGACAAUGAGACACAUGCUGGAACGUACUCAUGCUAACAUCAGAAGAGACAUACUCACAAAUAGAGAAACUAUUCAGCUACGGACAGUAAGACCUAAAAAGGAGAUGCAACAUGACAAAGCGGACACACUUCUACAGGAUGAAAAAAAUGGUCUGAUGGAGGUGAAAAAGGGUUCAGAGCAGCAGUUGCAGGAAAUCUCAAGACAACUACAGGUUUUAUACCAUCACCGCCAGAUACUCUCAGAAUUUUGCAAAGAAAAGAGCCGAGUAUUAGAAAUUGUAAAUGAGACUGCAAGUCCCUAUGCCCCAGGACAAGAAACCACUAGAAUGAACCAGUUUCUAAACCAACGGAAUGCAGAUUGCCUCACUGAAAUCAACAGUGCAUUUGUGACAUGUGAGAUGCUUCAGAAAAUGCUACCUCUAAAACUGAAUAGAGUCAAGGAAAUCCAGGACCUAAAAGAAAGUGUGACUAAAGGACUUAACAUAAAGGCAGAUGAAAGCCUCCAGAUAAGGGAAAAUGUAAUAUUGGCCUUGGGAGAAACCAGAAAUUAUAUCCAGAAACAGCAUAAACUUCGUGAUGAGAUAAAGACAAGCUACAUUUCCCAGAUGGGCCCAGUGUCCACAUUGGAUCUUUCAGUACGAGAGCGUCUUGAUCGCCCCUUGAUAAAAGUUCUACAACGACAUCCAGGAACCCAGGUCCCUGAGAGCACCCUCAUCUUAAAGGGAACUGCUGUUCUGGAGCAGGCCGUUGAGAAAUCUCAAAGAAAAAUUGAUUUCCAGGAAAUUGCCCGCUCAAAACUCGAGCAAGAUGCUAAGAGCAAGCUGUGGGGAGAAAAAAUUGACCGAACAGCUGUAAGAAUGCGCAAGAGAACUACCAGUGGCAGAAGCGAAAGACUGUGCGUCUGAGUUAAAAUGACAGGAGCAAUGUAAUUCAUAACACUGGGAAUGCAAUUAAUAAAAAGAGAAUGAGUGA